CCGGAAGUGUUCUUUCUGAUAGGAGCAAGCUUAUCCAAUCGCAUUCCUCCAUACUGCAGCUCUCGGCCAAUCGGAAGCGCCCGUGCUCCCCGCAUGCUCUCCGUCCAACAUGAUGUUGCUUGUGUGAAGUUUCCUCCGCCGCCAUGAGCAGCCUUUGCCGGGAGGUUAUAACUCUACAGCUCGGACAUUUCUCCAACUUUGUCGGGACUCAUUGGUGGAACCUGCAGGAUGCGUCUUUGUCAUACGAUCCCGAGUCGCCGCCAGCUGAGAUCCAGAGUGAUGUGGUGUUCCGGGAAGGCCAGACUCCGGGUGGACACGUCACAUACACGCCGCGACUCAUCGCCAUGGACCUAAAAGGAAGUCUUCAAACCCUGCGGCAGGAGGGAUGUCUAUACGACUCGGGAGAACACGCCUCUGCGCUCACCUGGGAGGGGAGCUUGGUGACCCACAAGGAAAGUCCUACAGAAAAAAACCCAUUCCUUAAAGAUCUGGACAAGCUGGACAAGGGGGAGAUACUCGCCGACUUCCCCUCGCCGCCUCGAGAGCCCGUGAAAAAACGUGGCGGGGUGGACACGGUGAACAGUCAGCUGAACCAGAUCCAGAGGAGCUACAGACUGGAGGGCAGCAUCCGGGUGUGGUCCGACUUCCUGAGGAUCCACUUGCACCCACGCACCAUCACCGUCAUCCACCAGUACAACCACGACGGGGAGGCGCACCGCCUGGAGGCGUUUGGUCAGGGAGAGUCUGCCCUGCAGGGGGCGCUGCUGGAGGAGCUGGAGGACCGGCUGCACUUCUUUGUGGAGGAGUGCGACUAUCUCCAGGGGUUCCAGGUUCUGUGUGAUGUAGCAGACGGUUUCGCGGGUUUGGGGUCUAAGGUCACGGAGCUGUUGCAGGACUCCUACGGGGGCAGGGGCAUUCUGAGCUGGGGUCUGGUGCCGAACACCCCCAUCCAUACGACUCCGGUGAAGGACCUGUACCGCCUACUGAACUGCACCCUGGGAAUGCUCCACAUGGCCACCAACAGCUCGCUGUUCUGCCCGCUAGGCCUUCGGGGGGGUUUGGCCAGGUUCCCCGCUCCGCCUCCGGAGUUCCCCCACCUCUCCUUCGACCCUUCCCUGUGGUUCCACUCCAGCGCCGUCCUGGCUCUGGCGCUGGACGCGAUCACGGUUCCGUACCGGCUGAGGAACAACAGCGCCCCCAUGUGGCAGGUGGCCGACUCGCUGGCAGUUUCAGGCAGGAAGGUGGUGUCUGCGUAUGGCGCCGUCCCGUUUCCCAUGAUGCACGGCUCCUCGCUCCCCGACGCCCUCAUUGCCUGUGCUGAGGGGUUGCCAUGGAAACCCCUGUCGACCUGCCCGGAGGGGGGCCGCUGUUACGGACAGUGGGUGACGCUGAGAGGAUUUGAAGGCCAGAAACUUGUCAGCGGUCUUCCUGUGGGGGCGCCGCCCCCCACCCCUCUUCACAGCCUCCACAGCGGCGAGGACGUCCUGGCUUCGUACCUGACGUCCUUCUACCCUUCAGCUCCUCUGGCGCUGCAGCUGGUCUCUUCUCCCUGUAAGCUGACCCCACCCUUCCCGCAGAUUUUCAGCUCCUCCCUGGACGCUCGAGGUUUUCUGCAGAGCGUGCAACCGCCUGACGCCCCGCCUCCCACUGUUAACUCGGCGCCCAUCCUGACGUCUCUCCAGUCGGGGUCCACUCUCGACCCAUGGCUCUCGGAUUUUCACCGUGCCGCCAAAGGCGUUGAUGUCCGCCGCAUGGCUCCCAGCUUCUUCUCCCAGGGACCAGAGAUGGCCGAUUAUGAGGAGGCACUGGAGCAGUUGCACCUGCUGGCACGCCGUUACCGAGACGACAGCGGAGGCAGAACGCAGUCUUCGUCUGAAGAUGAAGACGACUGACGGAUUUGUGAUGAAGAGAUGUUUAUGCAUCCUCAGCCUACAAACAUCUGGAACCCAACAUGAGCUGCAGUUCUGGACUUGUCCAGAAGAGGGCGCCCAACACAGAAGGUUCAGCAGCUUUUUUCUGACAUCAAAAACUAUGCCAGCUUUGUCUCCUUAUAGCAAAAGAGGGAACUUGGUAAAAGACAUUCUGACUGAAGAACUGCUUUUUCUCUGAAAGAAAAUGUUUACUUUAAAAUGUUUGCCUUUAAUGGAGUUGUUUUUUUGUAAAGUUUCUUAAUAAAAUAAUCAGCUGACGAUUCCUGAGAAGAUGCGACACAGGAAGCCAGAGCCAGACUCUAGAA